AUGUUUAAUCGUACGAUGUUUAUGAAAAUCUGUCGUUUAUGUAAUUUAAAUUUGAUCAAAUUAUCUCUGCGCUAUCAAAGUCAUGAAUCAUUCACAACAGCUGGAGCAGCACAGAGAUUGGUGUCCAAUCCGACAGGUGAACUUCUAAAACCUUAUCCGACAUUCAUGGAACGUCAAGUAGAAUUAGUCAUAAAUACCAGUACUAGAGAUGACGUAUUAACAAUUGACAAAGAGGAAAAAAUUCAAAUUCAAAAACCUCAAACUUUAAUGACAGCUAAAGUAAAUUAUAUCGAUACAAAUCCAUUGGGUGAUAAAAAUCAAGAUAUUGUACUUAUCGUUCAUGGUUAUCCGGGUAGUUAUAGUACAACAUUAAAUCUUGUUGAAGAAUUUCAGCGAAGAAAUUAUCGAGUUAUUGCACCAGAUAUGCCAUUUUGUGGUAAAACAGUAUUACCUAUGUUAAAUAUGUUUGUUUGGUCAAACAACAUUUGGCAACGUGCUCGAAUUAUAGGUGAAUUAAUGAAAUAUAUAAUGGAAACUAAAUUGAGACCUGUUCAUUGUGUGAUUGGUUUUAAUGAAAAUGCUUUUUCUUUAAUGUCAAUGAUUGAUCAAUAUAAAAUGUUAAAUCCUAAAUCAUUAAUUAUGAUUGAUCCAGCGCCAAGAAAACUUCUUCGUUUUGUUCCACUCUCAAAAUUCGUUUUCGAUUUUAUCCGUUUACCACUUCAUUGGCCUGUAGCUCGUCACAUAUUACGAUUUCUUGGUUAUAAAGAAUUAUUAACUCAUACACAACGUGAUAUAGCUGGUGCGUUACGAAUCUGGUUAACUGAAAUACCAAAACAAUAUGAAGAUUAUUCUCACGCUUUAUGGUUAUCAAGAACAAAAACAAUGAUUAUAUCAUCGAGUGAAGAUAACUAUAUAGAUAGAAAUAUACUCCAAAAAACAUUAGAAGAAUUGAACGCAUCAGAGUAUAAUAAAAUAAAAGUAAAUAUGGUACGUCUUGUGAUCGAGAUAAAUGCUUUUGGUUACAAGUAG